CCCUUUGUAGACGGUGGCAGGUGUGCUUAUCUGCUGCGGCGCGGUCUCUAAAUUUGUCAUUAAUUUUGCUAAACAUUCCUGGAGUUAAGAAACUCUAUAUUCAUUAGAUUCAUUAUCAGCGGCGUAAUCAUGUCCGGCCAUCCUGUGGCUAUCGUUGUUCAGAACAAAGAGACUCGAGAGUUCGAGCUGGAUGAGGAAGCCCUACGGGGUGUCCUGUUGCGUCCUGAAGUGGGCGACAAACCCGUCUGCGUGGUGGCCGUGGCGGGGGCGUUCAGGACCGGCAAGAGCUUCCUUCUGAACUUCUUAGUGAAAUACUGCGUCAAUGAAGGCACACCGAACUGGCUGGGUGAUCCGUCGCAGCCGCUGGAAGGUUUCGUCUGGAGCACAGGCAUGGAGGGGCAGACCGCCGGCAUUUACAUUUGGAGCGAACCUUUUACUAUCUACGCUAAAUAUAGCGGUAAAGAAGUGGCAGUUAUUCUCAUGGAUACUCAGGGCACGUUUGACACCCAAACCUCGUUGCGGGAUUCGACGUACAUCUUCGCCCUGACGCUGUUGACCUCCUCCGUGACGGUGUACAACCUCAUGAACAACAUCCGCGAGGACGACCUCACGAACCUGCAGACGUUCAGCACCUACGGCGCAUCGGCGCAGAAGGAGAUCAAAGAGUCGCGCGCAUUCCAGAACCUAUUAUUCCUGGUGCGUGACUGGAGUUUUCCUCAGCAGCAUCCAUGUGGCCACGAAGGCGGUCAAGUGGUACUGAAGAAAGUGCUAGGCCAACUAGGGGAAAAGGCGGAGAAGCCGAUGCAUGAGUCGGCCCACCAGAGGUUGAGACAAGGCCUCCGUCAGAGUUUUGAGAAGCUGGAGUGCUACCUCAUGCCGCACAUCGGCUACGGCCCGGCCGAAGACUCCAAUUUCGAUGGUCGACCAAAUCAACUGAGCCCAAAAUUCGUGGAGCACAUCAGGCUGCUGGUGCCUCGCCUGCUGGCGCCUGAGCGCCUCGUGUUGAAGCGUUCAGCGGCGCGGCGGGGACAGCCCGCCACCGGGGAAGAGCUGGUGGACUUCAUCAAGACCUACAUGGCGGUCUUCAGGGAGGGAAAGCUGGUGGAACCCACCACUCUGGCUGAGAUGAUGGCACGUGUAUGCAGUAAUGGAGCUCGUAAUAUUGCUCUUGAAGUCUACAACAAUGCCAUGAAUUCUAUUCUUUUUCCCGAUGGAAAAUCAAUGGAGGCCUCCGUUCUCAUGAGCCAACACUUGGCAUACAAGCGUGACGCCGUCGCAGCCUACCUCAAAGAAAACCAAUACGCAGACAGCAGUGAACUGUUUCCGGUUGUUCAUGACGUUAAAGAGCAACUUGAAAAGGAAAUCGAGAAUCACUUCCUUCACUACACCGAGGUUAAUGAUCACAACAAAACUAAGGAACAGAUGAAGAAGCUUGAAGAAGAUGUUGAAGCGGCUGUUACAAUUGGAACGCUGGGUGCGGCCCUCGCUGGUAUAUAUUUUUUCCGCCGUCCUUAGUGGCUAAACAAAAAAAAUAAUACCGGCUCUGGAUUAUGGUGGUGUCAUUGAUAUUGAAGAAUUAUAAUAGGCACUUCUAUACCUGUAUAAAAAAGAAAUUUUGUAUCCGUACAAAAUUUAAUUAUGAACUGUUUAAGGAGAGUAUGACCAACAAUAAUCUAUCCUAUAAUAUUAUUGUUGGAAAACGCUUCUGUAAUU